GUAAUUUUUUCUCCGGUUACGACGCACACACCCGCUCGCCAUGCGCCUCCCGUCGGUUCGCUUCCUGCCGUCGAGUGCGGCGCCGGCGGUGGUGGCCGCGAACGCGCGCAUCGCCUGGAUGGCGCGCGCGGGGAACAUGGAGGGCGCCCGCGCGACGUUCGAGGCCAUGCCCCUCCGCACCACCGCUUCCUACAACGCCCUCAUCGCCGGCUACUUCCGUAACCACCUCCCGGAGGCCGCCCUCGGCCUCUUCCGCCGCAUGCCCUCCCGCGAUCUCGGCUCCUACAACGCUCUCAUCUCCGGCUUCUCCCUCCGCCGUCACACCCUCCCUGAUGCGGCGGCCGCGCUCGCCUCCAUCCCCUUACCCCCCUCAGUCGUCUCCUUCACCUCCCUCCUGCGCGGGUACGUGCGCCACGGCUUCCUGGCAGACGCCAUCCGCCUGUUCCACCAGAUGCCCGAGCGCAACCACAUCUCCUACACGGUUAUGCUGGGUGGUUUUAUUGAUGCCGGCCGUCUCGACGAGGCCCGCAAGCUGUUCGACGAAAUGCCUGACAAGGACGUCGUUGCACGAACUGCCAUGCUAUCUGGGUACUGCCAGGUUGGCCGAAUUGCCGAGGCACGCCUGCUGUUUGAUGAUAUGCCGAAGAGGAAUGUUGUGUCAUGGACUGCAAUGAUAUCUGGAUACUCUCAAAACGGGAAGCUUAACCUUGCACGGAAGCUUUUUGAGGUGAUGCCUGAUCGCAAUGAGGUGUCAUGGACUGCUAUGUUAGUCGGGUACAUACAGGCUGGACAUAUCGAGGAUGCCGAGCAGCUGUUUAAUGCAAUGCCAGAGCACCCAGUGGCUGCCUGCAAUGCGAUGAUGGUUGGGUUUGGGCAGCGCGGGAUGGUGGAUGCUGCCAAGGCAGUGUUUGAGAGAAUGCAAGAGAAGGAUGAUGGUACGUGGAGUGCAAUGAUUAAAGCGUAUGAGCAGAAUGAGUUCUUGAUUGAGGCAUUGUCUACUUUCCGUGAUAUGUCAUGGAGAGGUAUCCGUCCAAACUACCCAUCAGUCAUUAGCAUCCUUACUGUGUGUUCGGCACUAGCUAUUCUCAAUUAUGGAAGGGAGGUGCAUGCUGCAAUGCUGAGAUGCUCCUUUGACAUGGACGUCUCUACUGUCUCAGCAUUAAUCACAAUGUACAUCAAAUGUGGAAAUUUGGAUAAAGCUAAUAGGGUCUUCAAUAUGUUUGAGCCCAAAGAUGUCGUGAUGUGGAACUCGAUGAUCACUGGUUAUGCUCAACAUGGGUUGGGGGAGGAAGCACUUGGCAUAUUUAAUGACAUGACGAUUGCAGGAAUGGCACCUGAUGGGAUUACUUAUAUAGGAGUCCUCACUGCUUGUAGCUAUACGGGGAAAGUAAAAGUAGGGAGGGAAAUUUUCAAUUCUAUGUGUAAGAAUUCUGCCAUCCGACCAGGAGCGGAGCAUUACUCUUGUAUGGUUGAUUUGCUUGGUCGAGCUGGACUUGUAGAUGAAGCAUUGGAUUUGAUUAAGAACAUGCCAGUUGAAGCCGAUGCUAUCAUCUGGGGAGCACUGAUGGGUGCCUGUAGGAUGCACAAGAAUGCUGAGAUUGCCGAGCUUGCUGCAAAGAAGCUAUUAGAGCUAGAGCCCGAGAGUGCUGGACCAUAUGUUUUGCUCUCUCACAUUUAUACAUCCAUUGGGAGGUGGGAAGAUGCUUCUAAGAUGCGGAAAUUCAUUAGCUCAAGGAAUUUAAACAAGUCUACAGGCUGUAGUUGGAUAGAGUACGACAAGAGGGUGCACCUCUUCACAUCUGGUGAUAUAUUAGCACACCCAGAGCAUGCUAUUAUCCUUAAGAUGUUGGAGAAACUAGAUGGUCUACUGAUGGAAUCUGGUUACUCAGCUGACGGAAGCUUUGUGCUCCAUGAUAUAGACGAAGAGCAAAAACUUCAUAGCUUGCGAUAUCAUAGUGAGAGGCAGGCUGUGGCGUAUGGACUUUUGAAAGUUCCAGAAGGAAUGCCCAUUCGUGUCAUGAAGAACCUUAGAGUGUGUGGUGACUGCCAUGCUGCUAUGAAGUUGAUUGCAAAAAUAACUUCCAGGGAAAUCAUACUCAGAGAUGCUAAUAGGUUCCAUCAUUUCAAAGACGGAUUUUGCUCAUGCAAGGACUAUUGGUGAGGUGAAUGGCAAGGUAGAUUCCUUGUCCUACGUCAUCUCAUCCUGCUAUUUGGUAACAUAUUCAGAAUCCGGGUUUCAUCUGAACAUGAUUUCAUCAUCUACUGUGAGCGAACUGCACAUGGGGAGCUUGUUCCCUUGAGGGAGUCACUGUUUUUCAAGAGCAGCAUGUUAUUCGAAUGGGUACAAACCCCAAAAGACAGCUUAAGACUGGUGAAGCAGUGGAGUUCGCCUAUUGUGAUAGGUUUGAUAGACAGGAAGAAUUAGGACAUUCAUGACAUGGCGGAAAACUGAAUAUGCUGCGGUGGCAGUCUGAUCACAAAAUCAUUCGUGGAGAUUUUGAGUGUGGAACAUAGCCCUCAGUUUUUUUACUGUUGGCAUGAUCCUGUUGGCGACUAAUUGGGUACUGUGGCUUCUCAGCACUCAGCAGUUUGUUUGGCAAACAAAGGAUCCAGUGAAACACAAGGCCCUAGAGGAGGUUAGGCCGACUUAGGACAGCUCAUAGUCGUCAUGCUCUGACGGGUCCCUCCCCGAUGUGCGAGAUUUCGGGUCUUCAAGAGACAUCGUUUGUGUGUCCUGCAUAUCGUGUUCCUGGCGAGGCUCCUUCGGCGAUGUGUUAUACGUAUUGUACUCGACGUUGAGAGCACACCAUGACUAUUCAUGUGCGAACACAUUUUUUGACAAUUCCACUGGGAAGGAAGCUUCGGAUGGUCUAUCCUGAUUGUUGUUGCUA